GGCAACCUCUUUUCCUACGGCUUCAUGGCCACCUACAAAAUCCGAGUGGCCACAGGCAACUACCUGUGCGGGGGGACCCUGGACUCCAUCGCCAUCACCUUGGUGGGGACUCAGGGGGAGAGUCCCAAGUUUCAGUUGGAUAGAUGCGGCAAGGAUUUUUCACCAGGGGAGGAGGACGAAUAUGUGGUUCAAACUGAGCACGAUUUGGGACCCAUCCUACUCGUCCGGCUGCACAAGGAACCCUACAGCAUCUUCCCACAGACCAACUGGAACUGCAGCUUCGUAGAAGUGGCAGGACCCCGGGAAGAAGUUUAUCGGUUCCCCUGCUACCAAUGGAUUGUGGGAUACACAACCCUGGAGCUCAGAGAAGGAGCAGCCAAAACCAUCUGCAAGGAUGCCGAUAACCAGCUGCUUUUACGGCACCGGAAAGAGGAGCUCAGAGCCAAGCAGCAGGCCUACAGGUAUAAAGAAUUCCAGCCAGGCUGGCCAAAGUGCUUGGACGUGGACACCGUCGAUCAACUGAACCUCAACGACCAAUAUUCCAGCACGAAGAGCAGCACCUUAGAGGUGAAUAUGGCUGCCGGACAAGUUGAGCUGAAACUGAAAGGCCUGCUGGACUGCAAGAAGUCUUGGAAUAAACUCGACGAUAUCCAAAGAGCCUUUUGGUUCUACCGGUCACCUGCAUCAGAAUAUGUCCGCAAGCAUUGGGAUGAAGAUGCUUUCUUUGGCUACCAGUACCUCAACGGAGUCAACCCAAUAUCCAUCCGGAAGUGCACGGAGAUUCCAGCCAAGUUCCCUGUCACUCAGGAGAUCGUAGCAAAGUCCUUACAGAAGCACACAACCCUCGACAAAGAACUGGAGAAAGGCAACCUGUUCCUUAUCGACUGCGAGGUUCUGGAAGGCACCCCAGCCACGGAGCUGAACGGAAGCCGCCAGCACAUUGCAGCCCCCCUUUGCCUCCUGCACCUGAAUCACCAGGAGGAACUUGUACCCAUCGCCAUCCAGCUAACUCAGCAACCCGGACCGGACAGCCCCAUCUUCUUACCCAGUGACUCGGAGUGGGACUGGGCCCUGGCGAAAUUCUGGGUGCGGAACAGCACCUUCCACAUCCAUGAGGUCCUCACCCACUUGCUUUACACGCACCUGAUGGCAGAAGUCUUCACUUUGGCCACCUUUCGACACCUGCCCAUGUGCCAUCCCCUAUACAAGCUGCUGAUCCCGCAUACCCGAUACACCCUCCACAUCAACGUCCUCGGCAGGGUCCGCCUCUUCAGCCCGGGAGGGCUCAUCGAUGAGGCCACCGCCACGGGCUUCCACGGCCUGUCCCACCUGCUGGCCAAGGGCCUUUCCACCUUAACCUAUUCCACCCUCUGCCUCCCCGAUGACCUCAGGGACAGGGGGGUUGAAUCCCUGCCCAACUAUUACUACAAGGAGGACGGCAUGAAGCUCUGGGAAGCUAUCCACAGCUUCGUCUCCGGAAUCGUCUGUCUUUAUUACCCGGAGGAUAUUUCUGUGAGGGAGGACCCAGAGCUCCAGGCCUGGGUGGCCGAGAUUUUUAACAAGGGCCCUCUUGGGAGAGAGUCCUCCGGCCCCGAGAUGCCCCAUUGUAGCUAUGGACCUGGUAGGAGGGGUGGGGGCAACAAUGGCCAGUUUGACUUUGGAGCUUGGAUGCCCAACUACCCCUCAUCUAUGCGAAAGCCACCCCCUAAGACCAAGGGUAGCGCAACUUUUGGGAGCAUCCUAGACACCUUGCCGGAUGUCAGCACAACCUGUCGAUCGUUGCUAAUCCUCUGGCUACUCAGCAAAGAACCAGGAGACAGGAGGCCCCUGGGUUGCUACCCUGCGGAACAUUUCACAGAAGAAGAACCAAAGCAGAUCAUUGCAGCUUUUCAGAACCGCCUGGCCCAGAUCUCCAAAGAAAUUGAGGAGAGGAACAAGCGCUUGCCCCUCCCCUACAACUACCUCAACCCGCCAGAAAUAGAGAACAGCACAUCGAUAUAAUUGUGCAGACUCCAAGCCUAACCCACAAAGAGGCUCCUCGAAGUUGGGAAGGCCUCAAGGGGUGGGGACAUCACGUGACGGAAACACCUCAAAUGAUGGAAGCCAAGAUGGCGGGAGAAAAUUGUUAUGGGGCUCCCAAGAGACACAACUUCUAAAGGGCCAACGUUCCCUGACUGUCAGUUUGUGUACUGUAUAGUAUUUAUUUGUUUGGGGGUUAAAAUGUUCCUCAGACUAACAAAAUAUCUCAGGAUUCAGGUGCCAAAAUGGAAAACAGGCCUUUGCCAAGUGACAAAGAAAGCCAGCUUGGUCAGUGUGGGGAAAUGGCCACGCAAGCCCCGUUUCCGCCCAUGUGGGAGUUCCAUAACUGCCCCAGGUCUCUGCUUGGCACGGGCUCUCUCCUGCUUUCUUCCAUUGUAACCUGCUUCUCUUGGGCAGCCACCAACUGGUCAUUACGAGUAUCUCCUGAAGCACUAGUACCCCAGCACUCUUCACUGUGUUGCUCUUUAAAGGCUCCGCCUCAGUUUUGCUUCUGCUGUAGCAGGGACGAACAAACACACUUGUGUGCUAUGUUGCUGAAAGGAUCAGCAGCCAACCCCUCCCCUGGUUUUUUUCCCCCUCUAUAAGCAUUACCAAAUAGGGUUUGAUGUGCAUCACAAGCCACAUCAACAUUCAAAAUGUAAAGACAUUUAAUAAAGAAAAAAUGCACACACAGCAUCCUGAAAUUAUAAUGGAACGAGCAAAGAUUAAAAAAAAAAGCAAUUCAAACGUAGUCCUCUAAUCCUAACACUUUGCAUAUUCUACAAGAUGACAAUAUUAGUAAAGGCUGUUUAAUGUUUGAAGUUACAAGUAUUUAAAUAUGUUCCUGUGAUGGAACAGGCCUGCUCUGGCCUGCAGGCCCUGUUCUACCUUCCCCUCCAAGGUCUUCCCAAAAUGGUGAGAGGCUUUCCUUUCUCUCUCAGGUAACCACUGCCACCACCUGAACUUUGUAACGAAUUUCCCACUGGGAGAGUCAGGACUCCCAGCUUCUCUUCCAAGAUCUGAGGCCUCUCCUCUGUGUCUCCAGCUGCCCAGCGAUGGGGCACCAUGGAGACUUACUCCUUGUGCACCCCUGGAGGAAUAGCCACUUGCCAACUGACUGCC